AUGGAAGUGCCAAUGGCGGAAGAACUCUGGAGGACCAAGCAGGGACUAUGGCGACCAGAUCACGGUGUGGUCAGGUAUUCCGUGCCGCAUUGGAUGAAGUUUCGCGCCGAUGCGGAGGAUUUGUUGUACAUCCUGCGGAAUCAAGUUCCUGCGAAUUGCAAGGACUGGUCGUUGCAGCUGCUGAACAAGGCCUAUUGCUCCUCGUGCCGACGCUACGGCUCGUGGGAUCGCUUGAACUUGUGCUUGCACGAUUUCCUGGCGCUUUUCCCGCGCACCUUCGAACUCUUUGGGCCUUCGAAGAACUUGGUGCGACCCCUGCGCUACACCGUGGCCGCCGUUGCGGACGGCGAAGAGGAAGUCAUGAAGCGCUUGGCCCUGGCGAAACAGCAAGGAGUGGUGCAUGCGCAAACCCCCAUCGAUGGAGCGGCCGGUGAAGCCUCGACAAGGUUGAUAGCUGCCACACCUGACAUCCAGCACACCUUCGCAGAUACUUGGUAUAUCCCCAGUAGGUCAGAGUCGAAACGCUCCAGCCUCCGCAGUAGUUAUGCCUCACGCCCGACCUCCGCUGGUGCCUCGCGCCCGACCUCCGCCGGCGCCUCGCGCUUGUCCCGUCCCAACUCCGCCGUCACGCGGCCCUCCAGGCCCUCCACCGCAGGGACCUCGCGGCCCACGUCGGCCACGCGGAUCUCCAGACCAACCUCGGCCACACGGGCAUCAAGACCCACGUCGGCCGCAUCCUAUCAGGUGCAUUCGCGAGUGGCCCAGAGCGACAUGGAAGGCUGCAGCCGCUCUGAGAGACGUUGGCGAUUCCAGGGGGGAGGCGCCUUCGCGUUGCUAAACGAAGUGGCUUCAGCCUAUGUCUUCAGAAAGGAGGUGGACUCCGCCUUGAACGUGGCCUCCGCCUCCUUGCGUCUGCUUCGGGCUGCCGAGGACCUUCCGGGGGAGUUGGUGGCACUGAAGGCGCCCGGAGAGGCGACUGCGGAUCUCCACCUUUGCCGCGGGGAUACGGAGCCAGCCCUACGACUGCUCCAGGAGGUGAUCUCCUUAUCCCACGACUCGGGCGACGUCUCGGACGAGGUCGACGCGCACGUGAGCUGCGCGCGGCUGCGGGUGCUGCGCUGCGAGGCGGCGGAGGCCACCUUGAGCGCCGAGGCGGCGGUGAAGGCGGCCAGCACGGAGAUGACUGAGGCCAAAGCCUUGUUGGGCAUGGCGAAAGUCUUGGGGGCCAAGGAGGAGAUGAGUGCGGCCAGGGAAGCAGCGCAGAAGGCUGCAGCCCUCUUCAAGCAGAAAGGCUACUGCUCGGGCGAGUUCUUGGCUUUGGACCUGGCAUGGCAAUGCUCAGCAGCCGAGGCCACCAAGUUGGCACAGCAAAGUGCUCAGGCCUUCCACAGCUCCGGCGACCUCUGCAGCGCCGCGAAGGCGCAGCUCAGUGCGUCGCGCCACGCGCUGCGCGCGCGAAGCGCGGACGUGGCGACCGCUGCGGCGGAGAAGGCGCUGCAGAUCUUCCGGGAGUUGAAGCACACCAAAGGUGAAGCGGAGGCCCUUCAAAGCUUGUCCGCUGCUGAAGCUGCCAGGGGUCGCCCCUCCAGCAGCAUCAAAGCUGCGGUCGACAUGGUGGCUCUCUACACACGACGGGGCGAUUUGAGAGGGCAGGCCGGCGAGAUGGCUGAAAAAAAAACAAUAUAUGUUAAUCUGGGACACACACACAUAUAUAUAUAUAUAUGUGUAUAUAUAUAUACAUAUACAGUAUAUAUACGUAUAUAUAUAUAUAUAUACAUAUUAUACAUAUAUAUAUAUAUAGCCACCGCAAAAACUCCGGAAAUACUAAAUAUGUAUUGGACGGACAUUGGUGUAUGGAAAUUGAUGCAAAUUUGUUAA